UCUGCUGAAGAUGGAACCCAGCAGGUGUCUGAGUGGACUGAUAUUGGCCAUCUUCCUCUCCCAAGGGAGCUCCGUAAAUGUACAGGAAGUUGAGGAAAACGUGUUUGUGUUUUGCAAUAGCAGCAUCUCGCGGAUAGAGGGAACAGAAGUAAUACCAAUGAAAGUGGACGAUACAGUCGUCAGCUUGGGAAAACGCAUCCUAGACCCACGAGGACGAUAUAAAUGUACAGGAAAGGAUGCAAACGAAAACGAUGUUAUUGUACAAAUCUAUUAUAGAAUGUGCCAGAACUGUGUGGAGCUGGACUCAGCCACUUUGAGUGGCAUUGUGGUCGCUGACAUCAUAGCCACUUUGCUCCUUGCUUUGGGAGUUUACUGUUUUGCUGGACAUGAGACUGGAAGGCUCUCUGAGGCUGCUGAUACUCAAGUUGUCAUGAGAAAUGACCAGCUCUAUCAGCCCCUCCGAGAGCGGAACAAUGACCAGUACAGUAGUCUUGGGGAAAACUGGCGGCGGCGGAACAAGUGA